AGCUUAACUCCUAGUAAGAUGAAGGCGACACUGGCUUUAAUCCUAAGCUGCGUUUUUGCGCUAUCCGCUGCUCGAUUCCUGCAACGAGAUUCUUCAGAGGACUGUGAGGAUGGAAACGGGAUGCAGUCGCGUCGUCAGCCUUUUCCAGCCAAGUCUCCCUUGUUGAAAGGGACACUGAGUCAAGUUUACUACAAAAUAAUCCGUCAGGCACCAAAGCUUGUCCUCCCUCAGUAUGGAUUUCCGGAAUCCAACUACCCAAGUUAUCCAUCGCCCAAUGUCAACGGAUAUCAGGAAUCCAAUUACCCAAAUUAUCCAUCGUCCAAUGUCAACGGAUAUCCGGAAUCCAAUUACCCCAAUUAUCCAUCGCCCAAUGUCUAUGCAGCCUACCGACCAGGGUAUGGUUAUGGUAAUUUACCACUCAAUACCAGGAAAAAUGGAAACGCUGAUGAAGACAGUUCGGAGAGAGAACAGGGAGAAAACCAAUACGGAUAUUACGAACCAGUGAAACAAAGAAGAAAUGAAGGUGGAAAUUAUUUAAACCAGAAAAAUACUUACUAUGGUGCUCAAACUGAUUACCCUUUCCUUCCAAGCUUCAAAAGCAGGAAAGCAGAGAAACAGUCCAGUGGAGAAAUGGGAAAUUCGCAGAAAAAUAACAAGAAUACAGCGGGAGGGAAAGAAAAUUCAGAUGAUUAGGAAAUAAUGUCUAAAAUUUUAUUAAUUUGCUGCUCCUAGAGCAAAAUAUCAGAAAAAGACGAUUCUAUAUGAAACGUUUCGAUAAUUUAAAUGCAGAUGUCCGUUUUCAUUUUUGAAUAAUGACGAAAUCUGGUGAAGGAAGCGCUCAAAAUCUAUGAAUUGGUUUUGAUUAAUUAAAAUACAUUGAUUAA